UGCUAGCCCAAAAAGGUACUACUGAAAGCUAGCGCGCUCCUCGGGCUUCAAGUUGCCGGCAGUUGAGUCUGGGGUUGAUCUUCUAACCAUUGGAAAUGGGUCUUUCGGAUGUUCCGACAGCAGAAAGACAUAGACGGUGGCAUAUCCCCGCGCUGGUCUAAGAAGACAUAUAAACUCUAGCUUAAUCAUGAGAGCUUAAUACCUACUCUGAACCAACAGUCGCCUCACUCCUAUUUAAUCCUUUAUUGUCCUUCCUCAUUAACAGAUCCCUCUCGCCUCGGCUGUUCGGCAUAAUACAAUGCCGAGUUCGACCCUAGCCACUGACGUAUUAAUCGUAGGAGGCGGCAACGCUGGCUUCAGCGCAGCAAUCUCCGCUGCCGAAUGUGGCGCCCGCCAAGUCUUACUUAUCGAUGCCGCUCCAGAACACUGGGCCGGCGGUAACUCCUAUUUUACAGCGGGAGCGUUCAGGACUGUUCACGAUGGUCUGGAUGAUCUCCUCCCUAUCGUGAACAAUGUCCCGGACGAGAAGCGCGACAAGAUCGACGUGAAGCCGUACACAGAGGCUGACUUUGCGGGAGAUAUUAAGCGCAUCUGUCUUGAUCGGGCUGAUCCCGAACUGGCAGGCAUUCUCGUCCGUGAGUCUAAUCAAACCGUUAAGUGGCUGGCGAAGCACGGUGUACGCUUCCAAUUAUCCUUCAACCGGCAGGCGUAUGAAGUCGACGGGCGCAUAAAGUUCUGGGGCGGACUCGCACUGAAGACAGAGGAUGGUGGCAAAGGCCUGAUUGAAGACCAUCGCCGAGCCGCUGCCAGACUUGGGGUUCAGAUUGAAUUCUCGACUGCAGCCAAGAGUCUAAUGAUAGACCCUGAUUCGAAUCAUGUCAACGGAGUGAUAGCGCAGGGUCCUGAGGGUAAUGUGCAGGAGAUUCGUGCUGGUGCUGUAAUUCUGGCGGCUGGGGGAUUCGAAGCCAACCCCCGACUAAGAGCACAGUACCUUGGACCUACCUGGGACUUCGCCAAAGUGCGCGGGACACCUUUCAACAAUGGCGCUUGUUUAGACAUGGCCAUUCAGCAAGCCGGAGCAAAACAAGCUGGCAACUGGUCCGGCUGCCACUCAGUCGCCUGGGACGCCAAUGCCCCAGCAAACAGUGGUGACCGAGUCAUCUCCAAUGAGUUCACCAAAUCGGGAUACCCUCUCGGUCUGAUGCUGAACAGGGACGGUAAUAGGUUUGUCGACGAGGGUGUUGAUCUGCGCAACUACACUUACGCCAUCUUUGGCAAAGCCAUCCUUGCGCAACCAGGCCACUUCGCAUUCCAAGUCUGGGAUUCUCAAACGAUAUCCUGGCUUCGACCCGAAGAAUACCGCGACGAAGUCGUAGAGAAGAUCAAAGCUGACACUAUCGAAGAGCUAGCCCAAAAGCUAGCAGAUCAUGGCCUAGUCAACACAUCCCAGUUUGUCGAUACGAUAACAACGUACAACGAAGCAGCAGCGGCAUUCCGGCGAGAAAAUCCCGACAAGAUCUGGGACCCAAGUGUCAAAGACUCGCUUUCCACGCAGUCCUCUCAGAAACGCCUACCAUUAGCCAAGUCGAAUUGGGCUUUGCCCUUGAACCAAGGCCCGUAUCUAGCUGUCAAGGUUACAUGCGGCGUCACAUUUACCUUUGGUGGCUUAGCAGUUGAUCCUGAGACAUCUGCCGUUAUUUCCUCGUUUACUAAUCAACCCAUUCCGGGGUUGUAUACUGCUGGCGAGAUGCUGGGUGGUAUAUUCUAUGAUAAUUAUCCGGGGGGAAGUGGCUUGACCUCUGGAGCUGUAUUUGGCCGUCGCGCUGGCCGUGCUGCGGCUACGGCGGUAACAGCAAGCCGAACGUCAAUCUGAGUGCCCGGUUGGAUUAGCAUAGAAACAACAUCAUACUAAAUACGAUACUACUUCAUCACAUUGAAAGUUUA